GAACUAACAGAAGGAGUGAAAGAUCCCGGAAAAGUCUGCGAACGUCGUUGCAAGUCGACGCAGAGCUCAAAACACGCCAACGAUCCAACAUGUCGUCAAAACUUCCUUCUAUCCUCAGCGCUACCGAUGAGGAAAUCCAGCUUUUGCUGGCUGCUCAAUGCCACAUUGGCACAAAAAACUGCGACAAGCAGAUGGAGCCUUACGUCUGGAAACGGAGGGUGGAUGGUAUCCACAUCCUCAACAUUGGAAAGACCUGGGAGAAGCUUGUCCUCGCCGCUCGUAUCAUCGCUGCUGUCGAAAACCCUAACGACAUUUGUGUAAUCUCCGCACGCCCUUACGGCCACCGUGCAGUCUUGAAGUUCGCUGCAAACACUGGUGCUCAAGCUAUCGCUGGCCGUUUCACUCCCGGUAGCUUCACCAAUUACAUCACCCGUUCCUUCAAAGAGCCUCGUCUCAUCAUUGUCACCGAUCCCCGUGUUGACCACCAGGCCAUACGAGAAGCUUCUUACGUCAACAUUCCAGUUAUCGCUUUGUGUGACACAGAUGCUCCUCUUAAAUUCGUCGAUGUUGCAAUCCCCACAAACAACAAGACCCGCCAUUCGAUUGGUUUGAUCUGGUGGUUGUUGGCGCGUGAGGUUCUCCGCCUCCGUGGCACCAUCCCCCGCACUCCCGAUGGCUGGAACGUCAUGGUGGAUAUGUUCUUCUACCGUGACCCUGAUGAAGUCGAGAGACAGCAGCAAGAAGAGGCACAAGCUAAGCUUGCUGCAGCAGAACCUGAGGCUCCUGGAUUGUCCGAGUGGGAUGUUACUUCGGCUCCUCAGGCUGGUUCUAUUAACCCUGCUUUGGUCGCUCAAGAUGGCGGAGCACUCGACUGGUCUGCUGACGCUGCUCCUGGUACUACCGACUGGUCUGCAGAACCGUCGGGCGCUGCUGGUGGAUGGGGGGCAGAGGCCGCCGCUCCAAGUGGUUGGGAUUAAACUAUGGAUGUCAUGUCAUGCUAAGCCGUCACUUCUUAAUGCCUUCAUUUUGUCUAUCGCUUCCCUUGACAUGCGCAAUAUGACACCAUGGCUAUCAGAUUUUUAGCAGCUAUGCACGGGAGACAGGGGAGCAUUUUGCUACCAUAUUCUGAGGAUAAGCACUCUUUGAGACAAUGCAUACUUAAGAUAAUGCAGUCCAUAACUACUGCGGCCAAUAAAUAAAGAACCCUUACUCAGACUGCCAAUACACUUUGUAUACUCAAGGCUAAUCAGUUUUCCUUGUAGGCUAAUGGAACCAAACAUCGCUCCGACUGUAGCUUCCAGUGCAUUGCCGUCAUGUACGCGUUGUCGAGUCUCCUAACGUAUGCAUGACGUUCAAGUUAGUACCUUAUUAUACCUUCCACACCGCAGAAUGUGUUCAGACUCUUUUUAG